AUUUGUCCUUCUAGAGAGCUAGCACAACAAACAUAUGAAGUUAUAGAAGAGUUUCUAGAGCCUCUAAGGGAGGCUGGGUACCCUGAGAUUAGACCUCUAUUAUGUAUUGGUGGAAUUGACAUCAAGUCCCAGCUAGAUGUGGUGAAGUUGCUACACCUGGAAGACUUAAAGAUAUGCUUGCUAAAGAGAAAAUGUGCCUUGAGAAUUGCAGAUAUUUAACACUAGGCGAAGCAGACAGAUUAGUAGACAUCGGUUUUGAAGAUGACAUCAGGGAAGUUUUCAAUCAUUUCAAAUUCCAAAGGCAAACUCUACUUUUUUCCGCCACAAUGCCUAUAAAGAUCGAAAACUUUGCGAGAAGUGCUUUGGUUAAACCCAUAACAGUGAAUGUGGGAAGAGCUGGAGCGGCUAACUUAGAUGUUGUCCAGGAAGUAGAGUAUGUGAAGCAGGAGGCAAAGUUGAAUUACCUUCCUGACCGUUUAAAGAAAACGCCCCCUCCGGUUUUAAUAUUCUGUGAGAAUAAAGCUGAUGUGGAUAACAUAUAUGAACACAUGCUACUGCAAGGAGUGGAAGCUGUUUCUAUUCAUGGAGGGACCAAGAAGAGAGGGAGUAUGCGAUUUCAUCGUUCAAAGCAGGGAAGAAGGAUGUGUUGGUGGCAAGUGGCAACUGAUGUUGCCUCAAAAGGGUUGGAUUUUCCUGACAUACAACAUGAUAAAGCAAAAUGAC